GGUUGGGGUUUCUUUGGGGAUAGUGAUAGUUAAUGUUGUCCCUAUAAAAGGAUGGUGCGUGUCGUCUUUCAUUUACCAACAAACAACUACUGCUUAGCUCUUAAUUCUCUGCUCCACCUCUUCUCUCUUUAAAAUUCUUCUUCCUUCACAAAUUCUUGAAAACACUUUUGUUGUUAUAACAUAAAUAUUGCCGGAAAAAUGGGACUAAGUUCAAACAGAGUUGAAGAUUUAUCAGGUCAUGCAUGCAAUGACUCCUUUGAAUUACCAAUAUCAAAUAAUGAGCCACUUGAAGUACACAGAGUUUGCUUGCCACCGCACAAAACAACCCUUCAAAAACUAAGGCAAAGGCUGUUGGAAGUGUUUUUCCCAGAUGAUCCACUUCACAAGUUCAAGAACCAAACAUGUUUGACGAAGUUUCUUUUGGGACUUCAGUUCUUUUUUCCGGUUUUUGAGUGGGGCCCUCAGUAUAAUCUUAAGCUACUAAGAGCUGAUAUUAUCUCUGGAUUCACCAUUGCCAGCCUUGCUAUCCCACAGGGAAUUAGCUAUGCUAAACUUGCUAAUCUGCCACCCAUUAUUGGUCUAUAUUCAAGCUUUGUGCCACCAUUGAUCUAUUCAGUUUUGGGCAGUUCAAGACACUUAGCAGUUGGUCCAGUCUCAAUUGCAUCACUUGUGAUGGGCACAAUGCUCAGUGAAGUUGUUUCUUACACUGAGGAACCACUUCUUUACCUUCAAUUGGCUUUUACAGCUACCCUUUUUGCUGGAUUGUUUCAGGCGUCGCUAGGGUUUUUCAGGUUGGGAUUUAUCAUUGAUUUUCUCUCGAAGGCGACUUUAGUAGGGUUCAUGGCUGGUGCAGCAGUCAUAGUUUCAAUGCAACAACUGAAAGGGUUGCUAGGAAUUAUCCACUUCACAAGCAAGAUGCAAAUAAUCCCUGUAUUAUCUUCCGUUUUCCAGCACAAAGAUGAAUGGUCUUGGCAAACCAUUGUUAUGGGCGUUUGUUUCCUCGCCUUCCUGUUAACAACAAGGCAAAUAAGCACCAGGAAUCCAAAAUUUUUCUGGCUUUCAGCAGCAUCUCCAUUGGCCUCAGUUAUUCUCUCAACUCUCAUAGUCGCGCUCCUUAAGUCGAAAGCUAAUGGGAUUCAGAUCAUCGGUCACUUGUCAAAGGGUCUAAAUCCGCCCUCAAUGAACAUGUUAUAUCUAAGUGGUCCUUAUCUGCCUCUUGCCAUCAAAACUGGCAUCGUAUCAGGAAUUUUAGCGCUCACAGAAGGGAUUGCAGUAGGAAGGACAUUUGCUGCUUUGAAGAAUUACCAAGUUGAUGGAAACAAAGAAAUGAUGGCGAUUGGACUAAUGAACAUGGCUGGCUGUUGUUCUUCCUGCUAUGUUACAACAGGAUCAUUUUCUCGAUCAGCAGUAAAUUACAAUGCUGGGGCACAAACGGUCGUUUCAAACAUAAUAAUGGCAACAGCCGUGUUAAUCACACUGUUGUUUCUAAUGCCACUAUUCUAUUACACCCCCAUUGUCAUCUUGGCAACAAUCAUCAUAACAGCAGUGACUGGUCUAAUUGAUUUUCAAGCUGCAUUCCGGCUAUGGAAAGUUGACAAGCUCGAUUUCAUGGCCUGUAUGUGUUCGUUUUUUGGUGUUCUUUUCAUUUCAGUGCCUCUCGGCCUAGCCAUUGCAGUUGGAGUUUCAGUUUUUAAGAUCCUCUUGCAUGUUACAAGGCCAAAUACUGGUGUCUUGGGAAAUAUACCUGGAACUCAAGUAUAUCAAAACUUGCACAGAUAUCGAACAGCUGUUAGAAUUCCUUCUUUCCUGAUCCUAGCUGUUGAAGCUCCUAUCUACUUUGCAAAUUCUACGUACUUACAAGAAAGUUUCAUUUACUUGGAAUCCAUUUGCAACUACAGGGUACUGAGAUGGAUUCGCGAAGAGGAAGAGAGGAUAGUAGCCAACAAGGAAACUGAAAUCAAAUGUGUAAUUAUCGACAUGACAGCUGUGUCGUCCAUAGACUCAAGUGGCAUCGACACAAUAUGUGAACUAAGAAGGACGCUGGAUAAACGAUCUCUCAAGCUUGUACUGACUAAUCCAGGUGGGAAUGUUAUGGAAAAGCUGCAUGAAUCUGAUGCUCUUGAGUCCUUUGGAUUAAAUGGAAUAUAUCUAACAGUUUCUGAAGCUGUGGCUGAUAUCUCAUCUUUUUGGAAGAAAGAACCUGAAUUGCCUAUAUAAGAAAAAUUGAAGUGGCAUGUGAUGAUGCUACUCCAACUCAAGUUGGAAAGUUUACAAUAUCAGAUCGUUAGUCUAAGUUUUUCUUAUUAGAGUUCAGUUAAAAUUUCAAUGAGUGUACGAAUUUCAGUUCACUAUAGUCCUUGUGUAUUACCCUACAUAACUAUGUCCUCAGUCUUUACUUAACUCCGUCCAAGGAACAAUCAAAAGUCCUACGUAUUUCUUGACUCAAUCGGUGAUUCUCAAAAGACGUUGGAAAAUAGUUCGUCAGAGUCAAAGUAUCCCAUGUUUCAUCAUGGUCAAGAGUUUAUUUUUUUUUCAGUUUUCAUGCUGAUCUCAAAGCGUGGUACUGUGGUAGCAACUGAAAAGCCUAAUCAUCUUUCAACUUUUAUGAGAUAAGUGUAAUGGCUCUAAAAAAAUUUGCUUGUACUUAAAGUAGAUUAAAUUUACCAGUGGGCAGACCCUAAUCUUUCCUGGUGUGCAAA